AAUGAGGGACGACGUUCGGUCAGAAAUGAGGAGGGGCACCGGAUGAAGCGGAUGGAAGUCUAGAGCGUGGCAGCCAAAAAUAAAAAAUAGGAAGUGAAAACGACGAGCGACGUGGAUGAGCAAAUUUGACUUCGUUUAACGAUGCCGUGGAUGGAAUAUUUCUUUAAUUCGGAGGAAAGCCCGCUAAAAAGCGAGACAUAGUGGGACUAUUAAUGAUGCUGCUAGCAUGCUAGCCUGCCUCCUUGUCGUUUAUUAGUUUUUUUUUGUUAAAACGUUGGUUAUUUUAUUUUUAUUGUUAUAUUGUAGUAUUGAUAUAUAGAAAGUAUUGAUAAACGGCUUAGCGUUGAACGUGGCAGUGAUUUUUUUUGGCCGACAUGAUGCUAAAGUAAGUUAAGAUAAGGCUAGUUAAUUACCCGGUUUUACCAGUCGCAUAUUCUGUCCUUAUAAAAGGCGAACGUAACGCAAUUCUGCAAUGCGUGUCUUUUUGUGAGCCACAUAAGUUCGGAAAAAUGCGUGGAAGGUUGAAUUGACAAAAUGGAGCGUGUGUUCUUUAUCACUGGCUCCAUUGUAGGUCGCGUCGUUUAAAUGUACGUGCUCUGGUUGCAUUUUUUGGGGGGUGGUAUUUUUCGUGGAAAAUAAAAUAGCCAUGCGGAUUUCGUCGUUCCUGGCCCUGCUUCGGCCCGCUUUACCCCUGAUCCUCGGGCUGUCUCUGGGAUGCAGCCUGAGCCUGCUGAUGGUAUCGUGGACGCGCUUGGACUCGGACGACGCCUGCGGGGAAGGAAUGGCAAAAGGUGGGAAGCUCUACCUGGGUCGGGGGGAUGCUGAGAGGGACAACGGAGGUGAUGGAAGAGGAGAGGGCGGCGGCGACGACUUCCAGCCUCGUAUCGUGCCUUAUAACAAGGACCCAAACCAGCAGCACAAGAAAGUACUGAGAACCCGCUACAUCCACACCGAGCUGGGCAUCCGAGAUCGCCUCCUUGUAGGCGUGCUAACGUCCCGCGCCACCCUCAACACGCUAGCGGUGGCGGUGAACCGGACGGUGGCGCACCACUUCCCGCGCACCUUCUUCUUCACAGGCCUUCGUAGCCCCAAGGUUCCACACGGCAUGACUGUGGUGGCGCACGGCGAUGACAGACCCGUGUGGCUGAUGUACGAAACGGUGCGUCACCUGCACCAGGAGUACGGCGCUGACUACGACUGGUUCCUGUUAGCGCAGGACGACACGUACAUGCAGGCGCAGCGGCUGAUUCGGCUGGUGGACCACCUCAGCGCCGGAGGGGACCUCUACAUGGGUCGGGCCGAGGAGUUCAUUGGCGGUGAGGAGAAGGCGCGUUACUGCCACGGCGGCUACGGUUACCUGUUGUCACGCAGCCUGUUAGCGCGUCUCCAACCGCACCUGGACGCCUGCCGGAAUGAUAUUCUGAGCGUACGGCCAGACGAGUGGCUGGGGCGCUGUAUCAUCGAUUACCUUGGACUCAGUUGUGUUGAGGUCCACCAGGAGAUGACGUACCGCUACUUCGAGCUGGGAAAGAAUGCCGACCCAGAGCGCGAAGACAGCGCUCAGUUUAAAAAAGCCUUCACAGUGCAUCCCGUGUCAGAGCCUAACCUCAUGUACCGGCUGCACAAGCGCUUCAGCCAGCUUGAGUUGGAUUGGACCUACUCGCAGAUUGUGGACCUGCAGAUGCAGAUUAGCAACUUGAGCGGGCUGACGCCAGAAGGCCCCGCGGGCCUGACGUGGCCGGUGGGCAUCAACGCUCCCUUCAAGCCGCGCACACGUUUCGAGGUCCUCAACUGGGACUACUUCACGGAAGAACACAUCCAUUCCUGCGCUGACGGCGCACCCAAAUGCGAGCUACGCGGUGCCGACCGUGUCGACGUCACCGACGUGCUGGAACUAGCUUUGGAGCGCCUCAACGCGCACUACCAGCCGCGCCUGCGCUUCCUCAAACGCCGCUUGCUCAACGGCUACCGGCGCUUUGACCCCACCCGCGGCAUGGAGUAUAUUCUGGACCUAGCGAUGGAGGUGUACACGCAGAAGGGCCACAGCCAGGUCAUCGCUAAGCGGGUCCACCUCUUGCGUCCGUUAAGCGCCGUGGAGAUCAUUCCUAUGCCGUACGUGACAGAAGCCACACGGGUACAGCUCAUUUUGCCUGUUACAGCGCAGGAACGCGAGCACGUAGCGGCUUUCCUGGACACGUACGCCGCUAACGUGCUGGACACGCACGACAACGCUUUGCUCACCGUGCUCUUUGUAUACGACCCGUUCGAGGCGCAACGCGUUAGCCGGGAGGACGUUUUCGCCAGCGCCAAGGCGGCCGUGGGCGAAGCCGAGAAACGCUACCCGGAUGUAAAGAUUCCGUGGAUUAGCGUCAAGACGGAAGUGCCGUCGCAGGUUAAGCUAAUGGACGUUAUCUCUAAGAAGCACCCGUUAGACACGCUUUUCUUCUUGACCAGCGUAUGGACCGAAGUCAAUGGCGACUUUCUUAACCGCUGCCGCAUGAACGCAAUCAGCAGCUGGCAAGUUUUCUUCCCGGUCCACUUCCAGGAGUUUAGCCCAGCCUUAAUUCAGCAACCCUCCGCCUCAACCAACGCCGACUCUUUACGGGAUGGUCACUUUGACCGGCGUGUCUUCGACGAGGCCUGUUUCUACAACACCGACUACAUGAGCACGCGUACAAAGAUGGCGGCCGACGCGCUGGACAACGAGGAGCUGCUGGAGAGCAUGGACGUGUACGACGUUUUCGUGCGGUACUCGGGCCUGCACGUCUUUCGCGCCGUGGAGCCAGCGCUUGUCCAGAAGUACGUGCUGCGCCAGUGCAACCCGCGCUUCAGCGAGGAUAUCUACCAUCGAUGCGUGCUCAGCAACCUGGAGGGACUCGGGUCUAGAUCGCACCUCGCCAUGGCGCUGUUUGAGCAGGAACAGGCUAACAGCACAUAGCACGCGGGAAUAUUAGCACUCGGGAAGUGAUCGUAUUUAUAUGUAGACCUACUUGAUUUCAAAUUUGUAAAGAUCUUCUGGAAAUAAACCAUUGACUGCCUUUAUGUUACUGGUAGUUAAAGGGAACCUCGGACUUACAGACUUGUAGGCUCUAUUAAGCCAAAAUUAUUCUCUUUUACUUAAAAAUGUUAUUAGAAACACAUUAAAUAUUCCCAUUGAUUUAAAAAUCUAAUAUUUAGUACAUGUUUUGACCUACGGAGGGCGCCAUGUUUUAUGCGUGCAAUGGACACUCGGGGCAAUGACAUAGUUUGUCACUCACUAGACGAACAUUAGCGGUUUUCUGCAAUUCCUUCUACACGGCGAGAUGUCCAACGCAUGCGCGCAUCCGUUAGAAGCGGCAAGUACUUCCCAUUUGUGUUUUUAUUGAUUCUUUUAUUACCUUUUCAUUGCCUCGAAAUGCAUUUUGUAUGCGUUUCCCUCUCAUACUUUUAAGUAGGACUGCAUCUAUCGAUUCUUUUAGUAGUAGUAGUAGUAGUAGUCGAUUAAUCGAUGAACUACUUAGUUCAAAUAAUCGAGUAAUUGGAUAAGGAACAUAAAUUAAAAUACCUGAGCUGAGCCUUAAAAAGUAUUAAAAAAACAAAUAAAUAAGGAUCUAUGUACAACAAAAGAACAAUUGGCUAACUUACAUAGCAAAACUCCGCUAGCUUAAAUGCUACAAAAUGCUACUAAAAUGUUUUUUUUUUAUCAUGCUCUUAACAAAUGGUUAAAACACGUAUGCCCACAAAAAAUGGCUAAAUAUACCCAUAAACUAAAUUACAAAUGCAUUUUAAAAAAAACAUUAGCUCACACAAAAACUUGGUCUUAACAGGGAGCAGCUGGAUUCAGCCAUGUGAAAUGAGGAAGACUAGAGGGCAGUGUUUCCACCCAAAUCAAUACAACUAAAUGCAAAGACUUUCAAAACAAACCAUUACAACACCAUUUUAAUUAAACGAAUACUCGAAGCAGCAAAACUUAAUUCGAAUAUUUUUUUUCUAAUCGAAUACUCGAGUUAAUCGAUUAAUCGUUGCAGCACUACUUUUAGGAAUUGUGUUUUCUUGUGGUAGCUUUAAAGCAGAUUGUUGAUUUGUUGACCAAAUUAGUCACGUAGCGUAUUUAAACCACCCUUAUUUGAUAUUACUAUGUUUAAGUAUUUUCUUAAGGCAUCUUUAGUAUGUUCUGUCUUUGCAUCCAAACAAAACAAGCUGAAAGCGCACGGUAGUACUUUCGGUGUCAAUUUCGCCUCUUGUAGGACGUUUGGCUGGAGUGGCACAUUUUGGCAGAACACAGUUUUUUUUCCUACUCUCAUCUAAUCUCAUCCAGUCUUUCCUGUUCAUUUUGCUUUUGCCCCUCGUUUUGUGAAAUAUCCACAGUGCUGUCCUGGGCAUAAAUGUUCCCCUCAGGUUCAAACUGAAAGGGUUGAACAGACAUGUUUAUUUUGCUAGAGUCAAACUCUGAAAGCCCGGUGUUCUGUCAAAUUUUGCACCCCAUCAGAAAUUUCUUUGCGGUUCGGCGAAUGCGAAUAAUGUUAAAAAUGGCCGCAAAUGCAGCAGUUCCAAAGUAAACACUACAAACUUUCUUUAAAGAAAGGAAUUUUUACUUAGAUUUGAUAAUAGAUGGACAUGUAGAAAAGUUCUCAGACACAUCGUGUCAUGUUAGCUGCACAGAACAACUGCACGCUGCUCUCUCACGGUUAACGUCUUCGCCGUGUCGUUAAGCAAUAAUUUACGCCAUAUUCAUGUUGCACACGUAUGUUUAUGAUGUAACGUCUUUAUUUAGCACCUUUUGGAUAACAUUGAGAGUCCAACUGAAUGUAAAAGAGAGCUUAUUCAUAGCCACAACAGCUUUGGGAACAAAAUAUUAUAAAGGUGGAAAAUCUGAUAGAAAACCAGCAGCGUAACCAUAUGACGUCACCGCCCUGCGACGUCACCAACAAUGGCGACCUACUAGUUAAAAUAAUUUUACAAAUUUUAUAAAAACGAAAACAUCAAGAGGAGUUUUCAUAUCAGAUUAUUUUAACUCAUAAAAACGUUUAUCUUUUAAGAACUACAAGUCUUUCUAUCCGUGGAUCCCUUUAAAAUAAAGUAUUGUUCUAGCUUGUUGUGUUGUUACAGAAAGUUUACCCCGGCUAAACUGUUCAUAAAAAUGUAGCAUUGUGGUGCAUCACCCGCUUUUUUUUUUUAGCUGUUUAGCACUUUCAGAUCAUAUGAGUUAUUCUUUGAACAUUGUCAAGUUUGAAACAUGUCAAAAGAUGGUGCCAUUACGGGGUAGCUUGUAAAAAAAUGUUCGAACUUGAGAGUUUUUAUAAAGAAAAAAAUACAAAUAAAGGAGCUGCUAAAAACUUA